GCGCAGGCGGAAAUGGGGAUGCCUGCCUGUCUGAGGGCAUGGUGGAACAUACAGUUACGAACAUCGGUCGAGGCGGAGUACGGCUUAAUACGUUUCAGUAAAACAAUGGCGAUUUUGAAAUGGGUUUAGCGUGGUGGAAGUACGAACUUGUGUUUCUUCUUGGAGUUGAAGCAAAAGCGAAAUUCAGGCUGCUCUUGGACUUAUGAACUACACGUACUAACAUGUGCGAAACGAGUUAUAGACGCGGCGCUGACACCCCUUCCAGCGCGGCGCUCGCGCGCACUCGUGAUCGGCAUCGCGACGGCCACGUGGAUCGUGCUGGCGGUUUGCAACCAGGCGCCUUUGCUCUGGAGGUUAGGAAGCAUCGCACGUGCUCGUAUGAUUACUAGCACCCCUGCUUCUACCGUUCAGUAGGGUUCCAUUCGCCGCCGCGCUUCUAUUUGAGAGCUCCUCUAAGCGUGACCGCCGUGCACUCGUUCGUUGCGAGCUGAUUCAGUGGGUGGACUCGCGCGUCCUGUCACCACGACCUCCCCCGCGUUGCGCUCGUCCGCAUUCCAGCCUGCAGCGUUCCGCUCCCCCUCUCGUCCCUUCUUCCCCGCCUCCGCGCGCGCCAAGCCAUGGCGCUCGAGGCGGAGACGCUCUCCGCCAACCAGCGGGUUUCCGCCACCUGCCUCUUCGCCUUCGCGCUGGCGGAGGUGGGCGAGCGCAGGCGGGGGAAGCCCGCAGAGGCGGAGGCGGAGCGGAUCGCGGCGCUGGAGCGGGCGGCGGACGGGGGUGAAGUGGGGGAAGGGUGGCGAAGCGCGUGGCCGUGGGGGGCGCGGCGGGGGAGCGGGGAGACGUGGACGCGGGGAGAAUGGACGGAGGGCGAGAAGGCACUGUGCCAAGCGGUGCUGAGGAGAAUGCGCAUGGAUGCAUCACAAGAGGCGUCUCUGACUGAAAUCGUCCCACUGACCUCCCGAACCACCCACAUCCCCCAGCUACUUCGCAUGUUGCACCCCUCCUCCUCCCCCUCUGCCUCCUCUGCCUCCUCCUCCUCCCAGCCCCCCCCGCCCCACUCUCCUCUCGUCACGGCGCUCUCAGCCGUGGUGCACCGCAUCUCCUUCCUCCACGCGCGCCUGCACGCCUCCCACCUCGCUCUGCUCGCUCGCUCCAAAGCCGACUCCAACGCUGCUGCUGCUGCUGCAUCACCAGCACCAGCACCAGCAUCACCAGCAGCAGCAGCAACAGCUGCUGCCAACACAUCUACCACCCCCAGUGCACCCGCGCAUCCUCACUCGUCGCUUCAUGCCCCUCUGGAUGCUGCUGCCGCACAUGCCCAUAGCACAUCCUCUGCUGCUCCCUGCGCCUCACCCGCGCAGGGCAAGCUGCGGCAGCAGCAGCAUGGGCUGGCAGAGGUGGCGAGGCACGUGGAGGAGUUUGAGGCCAAGCUAGUGGCACGAUUGGACGAGCUGGCCCGGGGCGCGGAGCGAGAGGCGGGGGAGGAGAGCAGGGGCGGAGGAGCGUGUAGCAGCAGCAGCAGUGGUGGUGGUGGUGGUGGUGGUGAUGGUGGUGGUGGUGGUGGUGGUGGUGGUGGUGGUGGUGGUGGUGGUGGUGGUGGUGGUGGUGGUGGUGGUGGUGGUGGUGGUGGUGGUGGUGGUGGUGGUGGUGGUGGUGGUGGUGGUGGUGGUGGUGGUGGUGGUGGUGGUGGUGGUGGUGGUGGUGGUGGUGGUGGUGGUGGUGGUGGUGGUGGUGGUGGUGGUGGUGGUGAUGCUGCGACUGGUGGCAGUGGUGACCGUCACUCUAUGGCAUGGCAUGCGCCUCCUCCCUCUCAUCAUCAGCCGCCUCCCUCCACGCACCACCCAUCCCACCAUCCUCCCCAGCAACCGCCUGCACAAGAGUCUGCACCUCCUCCCCUGUCAGCCGCACCAGCCACAGCAGCCUCAGCAGCAGGCACCCGUGGCAGCAGCGCCACUCCUGCAGCCCCAUGCUUAGAGCCAAACCCUCUCCUGGACUUUGACCUGCCGGCGGGUGACAUGGCGAGUGCAGACCUCGUUCUCGACCUCUCCCUGGGCCCCCACGACAUGCCUCACGCGCUGCUGCUGCCCAAUGCUGCCCCACUGGGCGGAGCGGGGGGGAUGGGGCAGGAAGGAAAAGGGCAAAGCGGGAGCAGGGGGAUAAAGAGGGAGCGGGAGCGGGAGCGGGAGCGGGAGCGGGAGCGGGAGCGGGAGCGGGAGCGGGAGCGGGAGCGGGAGCGGGAGCGGGAGCGGGAGCGGGAGCGGGAGCGGGAGCGGGAGCGGGAGCGGGAGCGGGAGCGGGAGCGGGAGCGGGAGCGGGGGAGGGCGCGGGCGAGGGCGAGGGCGAGGAGGGCGGCCUGUGAGCUCGUCAUCGCUCGGCUGCUGUAUGCGCGCUCCAAUGCCCCACCACCAAAGCCACCACAGGCACCGCCGCCACCAGCAGGAGCAGCAGGGGCGAGUGGCAGCAGCAGUGGCGGGUGGCGGCGGUCGUUGAGCAUAGGAGCAGCUGCUGUGGGCACUGGCGCACUGCUGGCUGUCACUGGCGGGCUGGCAGCACCGGUGGUGGCGGCAGGGCUGGCGGGCGUGGGGAGCCUGGUGCCCGUGGCGGGAGCCGUGCUGGUGGGGGCAGGGCAGAGGCUGGGUGUGACAAUAGGGGUGACGGGCCAUGCCAUGGGCAGGGAGGACUUCACACGGCAGUGGGAGGGGCUGGGAUGGGACGCUCACAGCUACUCACUGGUGUGGGAGUCAGAGACGAUCAUUGCCCUCUCCAACAACCUGCACAGCUGGUUCAAGUCAGAGGCGGUGCAGGGCGUGGUGGUGCCCGGCGCUCUCAUGGCGCUGCUGUCGUCCGUGGCUUGGCCACUGGCCCUGCUGCAGGCAUCAUCGUUGAUUGACAGUGAAUGGGCCAUCGCCAUCGACAGGGCGGACAAGGCGGGCGUUAUGCUGGCUCAAGUGCUCAUGGAGGGCGUGCAGGGGGGCAGGCCAGUGACGCUGAUAGGCCACGCCAUGGGAGCGCGUGUCAUCUUCUCAUGCCUCUGCCACCUUGCUGCAUCGGCGUCUCACACCAUGCCCAAAGCAUCAGCAGUGGAACGAGCAGUGCUGCUGGGUGCCCCCCUUCCUGCAUCCGAUGCCAAAUGGGCUCUCGCUCGCUCUGUGGUGGCAGGGCGGCUGGUGAAUGGCUACAGCACGAACAACUGGGAGCUCGCCAUUCUCUACAGGGGCAGCUUCCUUGCCUCCGGCGUUGCAGCCAUACAACCAGUACCAACAGAUGGAGUUGAGAAUGUGGACCUGUCUCUGCUGGUGGAUGGCCAUUCUGGCUAUCCUGGGGCAAUCUCACAUAUAUUGUCCUUCUUGAACAUGGACAACCCAGAUUUGGCACGUUAUAAAGACGUCCUUGAUCACGUUAAGAGUAAGCACCAGGGCUUUGACCCUUAGGGAGAGCUGAAUGCUGAGAACCGUUUCACUUGAGGAUACUUGCUCACAUUCAGGCCGUCAGAAUAGAUGAGAUAUAGGGCAUAUUGCUGGGUGGGUCCCGGCCUCACCGGUGCGCCUCUCCUGCAGCAAGCACGAAUCAGUCGUGCAAUGAAUGGACCAUAGAUCAUCUGCAGAUGUACAGUUCUGCUGCAAGUGUACUAAUUGGUCCUUGCAACGUUCCCCUGCUUACCAACGUUCCCCUUUACAUCUCU